UUGUUCAACGGUCAUUUGUAAUCGCUCUCUCUCUCUCUCUGUCUCUCUGGCUCUCUUGGGAAAAGCCUCCUUUCGGGGAGGAGGAGGCGUUAACGAGUCGUCGUGAAGAGAAAGACCGAAGGAACUUCGAAAAAUAAUAAAUUAAGAAAAAAAGAGAGUACCUUUGCAUUUAGGUGUUUUUGCAAUUCGACCCCAAAAUGCCAAAUCCAAAAACAAAUUAUUUUCCCACUUUCGUAUAUCUCUAUGUGUUUUUGAUGAUUGUCGUUUCUUCAUCUAAAAGUCGGUAAAAAAAAGAUACAGAAGGUUUUCUCUUUUUUUUUUUUUUUUUUUUUUUGGGGGGGGAAAAUUUCUCUCUUUUGCUUCUAUUUUCUUGCUUGCCAAACCGAUCAUUUGAGAAAAUAUUAAUUAAAAAAAAAAAGAAGAAGAGAAAAGUUGCUGAAGAGGAGGUUUUUGUAUUUUUUUUUUUUUUUUUGGAUUGGUGUUGGGGAAAAGAAAAAUGGAGACGUCAGGUAACGGUUCAGAUUCGUACACAAAUUCUACACAAGAGAAUACUAGUACCAGUGGUGGUGGUGGUGGUAACAAUCAAAGACUAGGGUUUGGGAGGAUGCAAUUGUCUGCCCUCAAUUUUUUCCGAUCGCCACUCUCUUUUCUGUUGGAUUAUUCUGGUAUCCUUCCACCGGCGACUAAUCACCGUGAAACCGAGCCUCUUAUCGCCGUCAACGGCGGUGCGGCGUCACCGGAUUCGAGGCCGCAAUCUCCCGGACCUUGUGUUGAGACAGUUUUCGGUGGGACUAGUUCCGGUGAGGUUUCGAUUCAGAUAAUUGGUGGUGGAGAACAAGAAGGUGGUGGUCACUCUGUUCCUUCUCAAGGACAGCAGGCCGGAGAAGCUAGUUUGGACAGGAAUGGUGAAUCCGUAGGUGGAAUGCCAGUGUCGGAAAAUCAGUCUAGUGGUGGUCGGAGUGAUAAUGGGGCGGCGGCGGCGAUGGCUGGGGGGAGGGUCCCUUCGCCGCCUGCUGGUAGUGGGCGAGUGGAUUCUGUCGGUGUUAGGAGCUCUGGGGAUGAUAACAGUAGGGAUUCUUACCCAAGAAACGAUAUUCAACAGUUUGCGAAAUGGACUGAGCAGGUUCUUCCAUUUUCGUUGCUCUUGCUGGUGGUUUUCAUUCGCCAACAUUUGCAAGGUUUCUUUGUCACAAUUUGGAUAUCAGCUGUCUUGUUUAAAUCAAAUGAUGUUGUUCGGAAGCAGACAUCUCUAAAGGGAGAGAGGAAAGUCCCUAUUCUUGUUGGCAUCACCAUCGCUUUUAUGCUUCAUGUAGUUGGUAUAUACUGGUGGUAUCGAAAUGAUGAUCUUUUAUACCCAUUGGUCAUGCUUCCUCCAAAAGCAAUACCCCCUUUCUGGCACGCCAUUUUUAUUAUUUUGGUGAACGAUACAAUGGUGAGGCAAGCAGCAAUGGCUUUCAAGUGUUUACUGCUUAUAUAUUACAAGAAUGGGAGAGGUCAUAAUUUCCGUCGGCAGGGCCAAUUGUUAACUCUAAUUGAGUAUGCAAUGCUGUUGUACCGUGCCUUGUUACCCACACCUGUCUGGUAUCGGUUCUUUCUGAACAGAGAAUAUGGAAGCCUCUUCUCAUCACUAACUACGGGAUUGUAUUUGACGUUUAAGCUAACAGCUGUUGUUGAUAAGGUCCAAUCCUUCUUUGCUGCAAUAAAGGCAUUAUCGAGGAAGGAAGUUCAUUAUGGGUCUUAUGCCACAUCUGAGCAGGUAAAUGCAGCGGGAGACCUUUGCGCCAUUUGCCAGGAGAAGAUGCAUGUUCCUAUCCUGUUGCGUUGCAAGCAUAUCUUCUGCGAAGACUGUGUUUCUGAGUGGUUUGAGAGAGAAAGGACUUGCCCUCUGUGCAGGGCACUUGUUAAACCUGCAGGUUUGAGGACAUUUGGGGAUGGAUCAACAAGUUUGUUCUUUGAAUUGUUCUGAAAUUGGUCCGAGUUGUUGUCUCAUCGUUAGGUUGCCCCCUAAAAAUCAGAUGGAAUGUUACAAUCAGAAUCUAAUUUCGGUCAUUAGCAUAUCCAUGUAUUGUAAUCUUAAAGGUCUGAUGUAUCUAGGGCCUUUUGAGCUUGGUGGAUCAAACAGAUGAGAUGACCAAUUGAACCGACCCUAAAUCUCAACCAUAUAGAUGUUAAAUUUUUGAUGUGAAUGGAAAUUCACUCAUCAUAAUGACACAUCAUUGUUUAUGUACAUAAUUAUUCUUCCA